CGUUGACGUACAUUUCCGGAGGUGUGCCACCCACGAAUGCGGGAAAUAAAACAAAAUUAGGACAGAAUUUGAACCUAAAACUAUGUAGUUUGGGCGGUUAAACACAAUAUAAACGCCACCCAGAUGGAUAAGUUUGUAACUCGACACAGAAAAAGAUCAGCUGUAGAGACAGAUGAAUGGAAAACAGAGGAACCGCUCAAGAAAUACAAAGAAGAGUGUGAGGUGGAAGAGGAGUUUUCUCAGCCCAUCCCCUGGCAGAAGAUUGAAGCUGAGGGAUUGGACUGUGACUACAGUUUGCUGUUUGACAAAGAAGAGGCUGAUUACUUUUUCAACCAGCUAGAAGAGGAGGUGGAGUAUUUUACAGGUGACAAAGCUAAAUUACAAGUGUAUGGAAAGACGUACAGUAUUCCAAGGAAGCAAGCAACAUACGGCGACGAAGGGCUGAUGUACUCUUUCUCUGGAGUCCAACUCUUGGCUAAACCAUGGACUUCCACUUUGGAACACAUUCGAGAUGCUGUUACCAAAGCAACAGGCCAUAUGUUCAACUUUGUUUUGAUUAACAGAUAUAAUGAUGGUCAUGAUCACAUUGGAGAGCAUCGGGAUGAUGAACGGGAACUCGAUCCUGCCUGCCCUAUUGCCUCUGUAUCUCUAGGGGCUGCCCGUGACUUCGUUUUCCGACAUAGAGAUGCACGAACUGGUUCUGGCAAACGUCCGAUUGAGCCUGUGAAGCUGGAGCUGGCUCACGGGAGUCUUCUGCUCAUGAACUAUCCCACUAACACAUACUGGUAUCACAGUCUUCCAGUCAGAAAAAAGGUCAAAAUGCCACGGAUCAACCUCACUUUCAGACGCAUAGUGAAAAACAAACAGAAAACUGGCAUUAAAACAGAGUGAUUGUUCUUUUAGCAUCUUACCAGGGGUCAUGUUAGUUGUUCUUCCACAGCAUAUGUGAAAGCUGUGUAAAAAGCUAGUGAGCAUUUGUCACAUCUUGUUGGGUUUUAGCACAUUCAGACAUCUGUUGCACACUACAUUAUCAGUUCAUUUAAACAGUUUCACUUUUUCACAUCUUCAUGUUAUGAUUUAUUAGUCAUUAAUCUAGUCUUUAAACCCAUGUGCGGUAAAUUCAAGUUUGAUAUUUGGCAACAAAAUGCACUUUCAAGAGCAUUCAAAGGAAAUAUUUUCUUUUAUUUGUUUUUUGUUUUGUUUUUUUUAGAAAACCAAUAAACUACAUGUGGAAUAAAUAGGUUAGACACAACCAUACUUCUGUACAAGACAUUUCUA